CCGUGUUUGCUUCAUCGACGCCUCGUAAAUUCCUCUUCCCGUGACUUGAGUUGGCUUGUGGUGCUCCUGCAAAGGGUCGUGUGGUUAUGCUCCAUUCUUGUCCUUGUCCGACAGACAGUCAAUAUUCAGUUCCACUGAGAGGAUACCAGGACCUGGGCAGUAUGACUCCUCACCUGUCAAGGAGUUCUGGGGAAGGUUGCAAGCUGAACAUCCACGGUGGCUGCAGUCUUCAGAACCGCUCCAAGCGUUUUGAAGAGGUGUCGUCGGAGGUACCUGGCCCUGGGGCCUACAAUGUGCCGCCUGCCUCAGGAAAUACACUCAGGGCCGUGACGACUGAUGCUGGACAGGCCGAGCAGCUUGCCAGAAAAAUAAGUUCUGCGCAGUUGCUGCAGGCUAAAAUUCUCAGACUGGCUCAUCAGUCAGAUAUCCCAUCCAUUCCUUCCCCAGGCCAGGCCUAUGGUUAUGAGGAGGACGCCCUGGGUGUGCUCCGCAAGCAGCAGCCCCCUCAUAGAGACAUGACCUUGGGGCCAGCUUACUACAGUCCAUUGCUGUUUGAUGUGAGCUCUUCACAGAAGUAUAAAGGUAUCCACUUUGGCAACAUGACAGGCAAGAGAGGUGAGGUGACAGUGGAGGUGGGACCAGGUCCAGGACAAUAUUACCCUGAAAUAGUCACAGAAACACGCUAUGAGAAUGUGAACCUUCAAAAGGAACAGAAAGGCAGAGCUGAGCUUAUCAUUCCCCGCUACCAUGAACUAGUGCCCAAGCAAGAGGAAAAGAAGGGAGUUCCUGGUCCAGGCCAGUACCACAUCAGAAGCCAAUUUGAGAAGCCAGUGAAGUCCAUUGGCAACCAGCCAAAGUACACCUGCCCCUUCCUCUCUCAGACCGAGAGGUUUAGCUCUGUGGAAGAAGUAUCGCCCCCUGUCGGUUUAUAUAAUGACCCACGCGGUGCCCUGGAGCUGCUGAAGAGGACAGCGGGAGUGAAGAAAAGCCCGUUUGGCAUCACUGCAGCGCGCUUCACUAACCACAAAAAUUGUUCCACACCAGGUCCAGGGUCCUAUAACGUGUUUGAGCAUGGUUUAGCCCGUGAGAGUUUUAAAAAGGCAUUUUUAGAGAGAACCAGGAAGGGAGGCUUUGGCUCCACUGCUCAACGCAACUCUUUAUUCAACAACAAGGAACUGAUAGAGGCCCCAAGUCCAGGACAGUAUGAGACAGAAAAGAAGACAGAGGAGCACUACAAAAAGCAGCACACAGCGGUUUUCAAAUCUGCGACAGAACGGCUGCCAUUACCAUUGCUGGCUAAAGAUUCCCCUCCACCCAACAGUUACAACUUAAGUCAGACAUUUGGAAAAACUAAUAGUCAGUCUUCCUCAAAACCCCGAAGUGAAGGUGCUAAGAGACGACAGAGCUGCUUCCUCUCUGCUGCACCGCGGGACAGUUUCUUCUUGCGAUGUGACCCCAGCAUGCCAGGCCCUGGUCAGUACAAUCCCAGUGUGAAAUCCUUCCCUCACUUGGCUCUGAUCUCCUCUAGAGAAGAUCGAUUCAAAGUCUCCAUGAACACCAGCCCUGGACCUGGCACUUAUCAGUUCAGUCCAGGUAUCAUGAACACAGUACUGAAGGGCACCUUCAAUGUGACACUCAACAACCCUCUGGGUUCCAAGUGUUCCCCCCACAUGGCCCCUGGCAAUUUAGCGGCCCACAAGGCCAUUAAUGCUGUUGUACCCACCUCCUUCAUUGCCACCAGUACUUCUUAGAGCUCUUUGUGGGUCACGGUUUGAAGGAGAAAGCAGUUUGGAGGAAGCUUUUUAUUCAGUGUCGCAAAGUAAAAUCCAUACAACGGACCCUGCACCUGCAGCUGAUGGUUCCCACAUUCUUUACUUUGUCUAAUGACAAGCGUGACACUCUGAUUCAGCUGUUUUUGUAGAUCAGUUCCUUCUGUA